UUGUCGCUGAACACGGGACUGAAUUAUGAUAAAAAGUAGCAAUUUUUUUUAGCGUUAUGGUCUAGUGCCUGUGUCUCACUUUAAGGUACCAUUUCCUUAAUUAAAGUUGACGGAACAUAGAGGGUAACCGUAGUCAAUAUGGGUUCUGAUCAGAGUAGUCUACCUGCUGGAGCUCCAGGAAGCAGGAUCCGAUCACAGCGAGACGAAGAAAUUCCAUAUACACAAUUCUCUAUUAGCAAGCCCAUUGAUGGAGACUCCCCACGUCAGUCACCAAGAGCUCAAAAUAGACACAAAGUAGUCCUAAAGCCUGACAGAGUGGGAACUCCCAAACAUGACAUUGUGGUCGUGACCGAAGGUCAGAUUCCAGAGAAGGAUCCAGACCCUGAACUGACAAAGUUGAAUGCUAUUCCUGUGUUUUUACCAAUUCUACGAGGCUCCCUCAAUGUGCCAACCAGUUCACGGGACCUUGACAUGUUAGAUAAAAUGGACUAUCGACAGCUGUUGCUGCUAUGUCUUCGCUACCAGGAACACUUAAAGCAGUUGUCUGAGGCUGUGGCAUUUGAUCAGAAUGCUUUAUGUAUUAGAAUUAAGGAGAUAGACCACACAAUAUAUGUGUUGAAUCUGGCUCUAGCUGAAAGACAGAGACGGUAUGCCAAGUUUACAGAGCAGUUCAGUAGAAUUAGUGAGACUGUGGCUGUGCUUAAGAAGAUCAAGGCUAGGGUUGGUGAUAUUGGGCCACGGAUGGACAACCUCAACAGAAUGUUGCCAUCUAGUGAGCAGCUGGAGCCAUUCUGCAUGAAAAUGAGAAAGUCGACCAUCCCAUGAGUCAAUCCCUCUGGUGAGGUCAAUGUAUCUGCCAGGAGGGCCAUGCUUGAACAUUCUGUGGAGUGAAAGCUUGUGUGUCAACAAUUAAAGUGCAAAUUGGUGUUACGAUGUCACCACAUGUUUAUUUUAGAUGCAUGUUAGUCUUAAACUAGGAUAAAAUAAGAUUUGUGUAUGCAUUGGCUUAACACCUGUACUUUUUGUAAAUUCAGCCCUAGAAAAUUGUAUGAUGUCAAGACAUCUCAGAGUGCAAAUCCAUUUUACUACAUGUCGAUUGAAAUGCUGUUUUCUUACUGGAAGUAGCUUGGUUUUGCUUCCAACUCCAAGAAGUAUUGUAUGGCAGUUUCCAAAACAUAGCUAUGAUUUGAUGGAAUUACUUUAUUUAUAAAUAAUAGCACCCAGAACUUGGCCUUGAUUUGCAUUAAAACUCUUUAUUGUUUGCCCAAAAAUAUUAUUGGACAGAAUAAGGACUAUAUAUGUAUACUAUAUAUGGGUACAUACAAUAUAUUUUGACAGGUUCAUCAUUUAGGGUCUUCAGAAUCAAACUGCUUUGUGAUACAUGUGUGUGUAUUUAUAUAUUAAUAGACUUCAUCAUACGUGGUCAUGUGGGAUAGAAAAAGUACACCCUCGGUGGUGGAAAUUUCAACCCGGGACGAGGCUUGCCGAG